CAGAAGCAUGGCAGCCGCGGUGCUCAGGAGCUGCCGCGCAGGGGUUCUCCAAAAAGCUGUCCGCGGAAAAGUCGCCGUUUUUUCGUCCACAUGCUUGGGAGGGGUCAUGCAGAAGUCCACAGUUCAGUAUCUGACACGCCCAGACCUGCCGAAGCUGGCCUAUCAGAAGGUGAAAGGGAAGAGUCCGGGCGUGGUCUUCCUGCCAGGGUUUGCCUCCAACAUGAGCGGCCAGAAAGCAGAGGCACUGGAGGAGUUCUGCAAGUCAUUAGGCCACUCCUACCUGAGGUUUGACUACACGGGCUGCGGGUUGUCGGAGGGCGUGUUUGCGGACUGCACGGUGGGCAGCUGGAAGCGGGACGUGCUCUGUGUGCUGGACGAGCUGGCAGAGGGACCACAGAUUCUGGUUGGCUCCAGUAUGGGCGGCUGGCUCAUGCUGCUGGCCGCCAUCGCCCGGCCGGAGAAGAUCGCCGCCCUGGUGGGCAUUUCCACUGCAGCGGAUCACUUCGUCACGGCCUUCAAGUCCCUGCCGAUAGAGGUGAGGAAGGAGGUGGAGGAGAAGGGUCAGUGGCUGCUUCCCUCUAAGCACAGUGAGGAGGGAGGCUACACGCUAAGCAUGGACUUCCUGCGGGAGGCGGAGUCACACUGUGUGCUACACAGCCCGGUGCCACUCACCUGCCCGGUGCGGCUGAUCCACGGGCUGCAGGACGAGGACGUGCCCUGGCACGUGUCCCUGCAGGUGGCCGAGCGCGUCCUCAGCACCGACGUGGACGUCAUCCUGCGGAAACAUGGCCAGCACCGCCUGUCCCAGAAAGACGACAUCAAGCUGAUGGUCUACACCAUCGACGACCUCAUAGACAAACUCACCACCAUGGUGUGAGCGGGCGGGGCCCCGCAGGACACGGUGCCAACCCCCCCACCCCUUCCCCCUCUCCUGGGGGGUGUGACCCCGGAGCGCUGGGAGAGGAGAGGAGAGGGGCACGUUUACACCCCCUCCUCUACACCCCGCGAUGAUCUGUUCUUUUUUUUUACAGUUUACUCAGUUCAGUGUUGUCAGUAAAGCUGUUUUUGUCAUGCUGCUAUCUCCUUUGGACUGACCACACCUCCCGGUGCAGAACUGUUCUGGUCCAAACGCCAGGUUCCGUUCUCUCUUCCUGUGCCUUUUUUUUUAUUAUUACUGUUCAAACCGUGUGUCCCAACACUGAUGCAGCCAAUAAAGCGCCUGCCUCCCAGACUCAGCGUCUCGCUGCUGUGGAGGCUGCACUGUGCUCACAGACCCCCUGUGAAAAACGCAGCUCUGUGGCGCAGUGGGAACGAGCAAGGCCUGUAACCAAAAGGUUGCUAGUUCAA